AAGCAUGUGCAGCUGUUGGGUUGUAUUAGCCUUUUGCUGCUUGGGACAGCUGUGUGCAGAUCAAAGCCUGAAGCCUCAGAUCGCAGCCCCUCAGCUUGCUACAAACAAUCCCACUCUUACUACAGUUGCUCUAGAAAAACCUUUCUGUAUGUUUGACAGCUCACUAUGUCCAAAUAAAUCUUAUGUCAUCUACUUGUAUGCAAUGAAGGAAUCGGCAAAUGCAGUAAACUCCCUGGUGACCGACAACAGCAGCAAACCACUCGACAGCACCUUCCAACAAACAAGCGGGGGGCAGCUUGGACCUUACAAGGCUGCCUUGUUCAAUGUACCUAAUUGUGCAUCGCCUCCUAAACUUGCUGAUGUAGGAGAUGUCAACAAAGUUUCUGAUGUCCUGAAACAAUACCUCUUCAGAGUCGGGGAUGACGGGACUUGUUUGUACGACCCAAACUUCCUAGCUGUCUGUAACCCACCUCUUGCACCAGGCACAACAUACAGGUUUAAGUACGUGUUGGUAGAUAGCACUGAAGGUAUCAUGAAAGACCAAACUCUCUGGUCUGAUCCAAUCAAAACCAGAAGAGUUAAACUUCCCUUGAAAAUUGAUACCUGGCCUGGUCGAAGGAGUGGAGGCAUGAUUGUCAUUACAUCGAUCCUAAGUGUUCUUGUGUUCCUUCUGCUUGCUGGCUUUCUUGCUUCUGUGACCUCUGCUGUCAUGGGAUCAGAAGAUUCUUCUGCAGAGACAAGGCACGUGUCUCAGACUAUUCAACAAAGUGAACCGAGACCACAGUUAAGCUCUGAGUGAACAACCUGAUUCAAGUCAAGGGUGGAAGUACAACUGAAUUGCUACAUGUGCUAGACCUAUGGGACUGUCUCUUCUACUCAAUGCUAGUCCAAAACAAGAUAUAGAACACAACCAGGCAACUGAAGAUGAACAGCAUAGAUGAAAUAUGGACAACUUUUUUGAAGUCCUGCAGUUCAUGAUAUCUGUCUUGGGCUAAUGAGAUUUGAUUCAGUUAAUUGCCUUGUCUCUAGAAAAGAUCCAACUUCAAAGCCCUACCUUAUUGCUCUUGAGCAUGUAUAAGCAACUGUCCUAUUGUAGCAAGGACUUACUUGUGAUAAGGACAAAGCUGCCACUUGUUAUUAUUGAUGUCCUCCUAGUUUAUCAGUAAAUAGGUUAAACUGUCUCAGAUUAUAUAAAUAAAUAAGGAUUCUGUUUUGACACAGGUAGUUCACUAUCACUGUCAUGACUGGAUGAUGUUGCACUGAUACUUAUUUCAGGGAGUGGGACAUUCUCUUCAGAUUAUGAAAAUUAAAAAGCUUAGUGUAAAGUCAAACAUUGUCAGGAUGGAGUGUUCAGACUGUAGCUUGGUGAUUGCAAAAUUUGCCAUUUUAAACCUCAGCACUUAGGCCCAAGAGAUUUGUAUGUGAGCUCCCAGUGUUUGGGUAUUCUAACUACGGCAUGUUAAAGCUUGCCUGCUCACUGUCUUGGUUUCAGCUACGCAAGGGCUGGCAGGGAGAAGGGAGAAAGCACUUUAAGGGAGAGAUAGGUGCUGCGUCUUCUGACUAGAAAUGGAUGCUGAAGUACCUGGAAUGAUAUUUUUCUGUUCUUUGGCCAUUAGUGCCUUCCUUGUAAUUUUCUGCCAUACAGGCUCCUACAAACACUGUUCUGAGGUGCUUUCUCAUUCAUGUAUUGGGCACUAACUUGGAAGCAAUGGAUAUUUGAAGAAAAAGGGAGUACAAAUUGUAGGUGAAUGAAUGAGCUGAUCUCUCAAUGAGAGAUCCUCAGAAUAUUUGCCUCCUUUAUAAAGCCAAAGUAGUACUUCAUUGCUAUAGAGGGCUCUAACUCCUUGCUCUGGACCCAGUGGAAAAACAGGCCAUCUAACAGUAGGAUCAGUAAAAUUAAUAAAACCAAAUAAGUAUCCUUUCAACUGCAGACAGUCAAUACAUUAUAUUGGAUGCCAUAUCAGUUAAUUCUAUUACUGGAAUAAGUUCUCCUUCAUUUUUUUUAAAGGAGUUGCUUGAGACAGUAUGUCAGCACGAACAGCUAUCAUUUAAAAUACAGUACUAGAAUAAUCCAAUCUUUUCUGCCAGUAUCUAUUAAGACAUUCACAUCAAGUAGUUUCUCUCACUCAACAGAUAACUGAUUUUAGCCAGUUUAAUCCUGCUAAUGGCCUAGUUGAAUAGCUUGUAUUCUUGUGCUUCUCUUAUGUCUUUUCAUUCAAAAGGUCUUCACUUUAUUUCUUUAUGGAAAAAUUCAGAAUGGAUUCUUUUUAGUUUUUGGGUUUUUUGUUUUGGUUGUUUUUUUUUUACUCCACACAAAUGAAGCACAAUUAACUGUCUCAGUUGUUCCUAUACUGCCAUGCAUACAAGCUUUGGUUUUUUUCACUUUAGCUUUUCAAAACUUCCCCAGUGUUCAUAAAGAUUGCGUGAAAAAGAAUUCUGACUUUCAUCAGCUUCAGAACUUAGGACAUUUUCUCAAAGAACAUGGGAAGGAAGGGAAACUCUAACAUAUUAUGAUUUUAAUAAAAAUUUCCAGUUGAAAUAUUUUGUUGAAAAUGACAACUCAAACUACUUUUUCAAUGCAACUCUGCUUUUAGACAGGGAGAACUACACUUGGAGCAGCUUUAGUUUUUCACAAGAUCUUGCAUGUCAGUACCCAUUUGUUAUGCUGUGAACUGUAUUUCAGGACUGUGCCCAGUCAAAACAACAGUCAUGAUAAAUACCACAACAGGGUCACAACUACUUUUGCUUCUCCAUAUGGUAUUUCCAUUGAUCUAAAUACUGACUUCUUUCUGCUCUGCUUUUGACUCCUCGCUGAAGAAAGGGUAUGGAAAUUCCUGUUUGGAGCCUAUCAGAGGUAUGUCCUGAUUCUUAUCCUGGUCAUGCAGAAGAAAUAUAAGGUAUCAAUGAUUAACAGCAUUUCUUUAGUACAUAGACUUAAGAAACAGAAAGGUUGGGGGGCACUGCUUAAUUUUUGAAGG